CGUUUUUCAGCUUAUAGUGCAGUGCCGCACGUACGCAAUUGCAGGAAAGCUCCUAAAAAUACCGGCGUCAACCGACAUAGAUAUCAUCAAAAAACAACCUUGGGUCUACCGUUCCAGAAUCAAAUCAAGAGAAAAUGAAGGACAAUGUCAUCAGCUUAUGAGACAAUACUUCUAGCUCCAAGGCUACAACCAACAGACCAGAAGGCAUCUGCAUCAGGCUUCAAAUAGUCCUUGUGCAAUAGUGUAAUAUCUGGUUAUCAGUCUUUUAUAUCACCUGGAAAAUGCAACUCUACACCUAAGCAACUUGCACAGUUAAAGCCAUCUCUCCGCUAGAGUGAUAUUGGACACUGAGAUUUGAAAAAGUGCUCUAUUGAAAGCAACUCUAUCAUCCAAGAACUUCAUAAACUCUCCACAGAAAUGUCCAAUCGACCGAACAGGGGUCAAAACCCUCAUGGGUUGAAAUUGACUAGCUUAGAUCAGAUAUGGGACGACUUGAGAGCAGGGAUCCAACAGGUUUACUCCAGCCAAGCAAUGCCCAAGAAACGCUAUAUGGAGCUCUACUCCUAUGUAUAUAACUACUGUACAAAUGUCAAUCAGCUUCAGCAGGCACGGACAACAUCGGCUAAGAGCAAAAAGGGCACAGUGCAAGGUGGCGCACAGUUUGUGGGCCUUGAACUCUACAAAAGACUACGGGAUUUUCUUAGGGAUUACCUUGUAAGCCUAAGACAAGAUGGCUCUGACCUAAUGGAUGAGAGUGUGUUGACAUACUACACAAAGCAAUGGGAAGACUAUCAAUUCUCCAGCAAGGUAUUGGAUGGCAUGUGUUCCUACCUCAACCGACACUGGGUUAGAAGAGAGUGUGAUGAGGGGCGUAAAGGCAUCUAUGAAAUCUACUCCCUUGCCCUGGUCACAUGGAGAGAGCACUUGUUCAAGCCACUCAACAAACAGGUUACCAAUGCUGUUCUGAAAUUAAUUGAAAGGGAAAGGCAUGGAGAGCCAAUCAACACACGGCUGGUCAGUGGUGUGAUUCAAUGUUAUGUUGAACUUGGUUUGAAUGAAGAUGAGCCAACUGCUAAAGGUCCAACCUUGAGUGUGUACAAGGACUCGUUUGAGAGUCAGUUCCUAUCUGAGACAGAACGCUUCUACACUUCAGAGAGCACAGAGUUUCUCAGACAGAACCCUGUUACAGAGUAUAUGAAGAAGGCUGAGACAAGAUUGCUUGAAGAGAGAAGACGAGUCCAGGUUUACCUACAUGAGAGCACACAUGAUGAUCUGGCUAAGAGAUGUGAGAGGGUACUCAUCAAGAAACAUCUUGACAUCUUCUACUCAGAAUUCCAGAAUCUCCUUGAUGCUGAUAAAAAUGAUGAUCUUGCAAGAAUGUACAGCUUAGUAUCACGCAUACCCGAUGGACUUGGUCAGCUCAUGACACUCCUGGAGACACACAUCUGUAACCAAGGAUUGGCUGCCAUUGAGAAGUGUGGAGAAACAGCUGUUAAUGAUCCUAAGCUGUAUGUACAGACCAUCCUUGAUGUUCACAAGAAGUAUAAUGCCUUGGUUCUCACUGCUUUUAACAAUGACUCAGGCUUUGUUGCAUCGCUAGACAAGGCCUGUGGAAGAUUCAUCAACAGCAAUGCUGUCACCAAGAUGGCCAAUUCAUCAAGUAAAUCUCCAGAGCUCCUGGCCAAGUACUGCGAUUCACUGCUCAAAAAGAGCUCCAAGAAUCCAGAGGAAGCAGAAUUAGAAGACACACUAAAUCAAGUGAUGGUAGUGUUCAAGUACAUAGAUGACAAAGAUGUUUUCCAGAAGUUCUACUCCAAGAUGCUCGCUAAGAGACUUGUUCAUCAUAAUUCAGCCAGUGAUGAUGCAGAAGCCAGUAUGAUCUCAAAACUCAAGCAAGCAUGUGGCUUUGAGUACACUUCCAAACUGCAGAGGAUGUUCCAGGACAUUGGUCUAAGCAAAGACCUGAAUGAACAGUUCAAGAACCACCUAGCAAGCAGUGAAUCUCUAGAUAUUGAUUUCAGCAUUCAAGUCCUGUGUUCAGGGUCAUGGCCCUUCCAGCAAGGCUGUACCUUCAACCUUCCUAGCGAGUUGGAGCGAAGCUUUCAACGAUUCACCACCUUCUAUGGCAGCCAGCACAGUGGGAGGAAACUUAUGUGGAUCUUUCAAAUGUCUAAGGGAGAGCUGGUCACUAGUUGCUUCAAGAAUAGAUACACAUUGCAGGCUUCAACAUUUCAGAUGGCUGUACUCUUACAGUUCAAUGUCUCUGAUUCGUACACAAUACAACAGCUCCAUGACAGCACACAGAUCAAAAUGGACAUACUGACUCAAGUCAUUCAAAUUCUUCUCAAGUGCAAACUGUUAGUUGGGGAUGAUGGUGAUGAUGAACUCAAGCCAACAACUGAAGUCAAGUUAUACCAGGGCUACAAAAACAAAAAGCUGCGAGUGAACAUUAAUGUACCAAUGAAGACAGAGCAGAAACAAGAACAGGAGACAACACACAAGCAUAUUGAAGAAGAUAGGAAGCUUCUUAUUCAGGCUGCAAUAGUUCGUAUAAUGAAGAUGAGGAAGGCUUUGAGGCACCAACAGCUCUUGAGUGAAGUCUUGACCCAACUCUCUGGCCGCUUCAAACCCAAGGUGCCUGUCAUCAAGAAAUGCAUCGACAUCUUGAUAGAGAAGGAGUACUUGGAGCGUGUAGAUGGGGAGAAGGACGUGUACAGCUACCUAGCAUAGAAUGCACCAUGCUUGACACGAAGAUCAACCUUCGCAUACAUGCACACUGAAGGAACUUAAAGGGACACAAUUUUCCCCGGUCAAAGGUUACUUCUACUGGACUUAAACAAUCAGUGUGGAUAGUCGUCUUUGUGAGAUGAAUUUGACCUUGGACAAUACAAGACUUUAGUUUGUUCCAGUCUUUCAAGGAACAAGGUCCUCUCAACGAGUCACUGUGACCAAGCUUCUUCAGCCUUGAAUUAAGACUAUCAACAUCCUACAGAAAAAACAAAACAAAACAAAACAAAAAAGAAGAAAAGAAAUGAACUUUGAUGUAGGCUGUGCGUUUAUGAGAGUAUUUAUAUACAUGUCAAAUUGAAAUCUUCUGUUGACUAGCAUGACUUUUGUUAUCUUUUCUCAAAAUACAUCUUGAAAUGCAAAUCCACUUGUCUGGUUGUACGUGGUGACCAAUGUGGACCAGCAUUUUUUGCCCUUUAUAGAUACAUGUUUGAAUACAGAUGUCAUAAUUAUAUUCUGUUUUAAUUGGAAUAGUCUCUCUGGACCAGACUGCCUGAACAUUAUCAUAAGGGCAAAGAUUUAUAUAUUGGUACUGCACAGUUUACCUUCUACAUAAUUGUGUUAUAUUAUACUAUUUUUAUUCACAGAACCCCCAACCUCACUGGGUCUGUGAACACACUAAUGCACACAUGUAACUGGUAGUCCAGAUGUUUUUCAAUUAUUUUUGUUUCAUAAUUUAUUCUUUUACUGGCAAUAGUUUGGAGGAAGGAUCAAACUGUUAUAACUUCCAAUUUAUUAUUAGUUAUGUUAAUUUUGAAGUUAAAGGGCGCCUUGAGGUAGUACAUGUAGGUAUCAAUAAUUCAAUUGUCUUCAAGAUUGAAACGAUGAAAUUAUUUUUUAUUUUUGAGCAUAUUUUAAUCUGAAAGGAUAUGCGCAGUAAUGCAAACUGUUGCGGUCAAAUAUAAUUGAACAGAGAAAACCAAACAUUUAUCGAUAGUUGAAUACUGUGGGGCCUUGAUAUAAGUUACCAUCUUUCCUUGUGUGUGAUAGAAUUGCUAUUGGUACACAAAGGAAUGUACAAUUUGAUACGAUUCCACAUGAACACACACACAUACAAAAAAGCUGGCUUGACUGUCCACAUGUAAAUCCAAUUCAUUUAGCAUUAAAUGUAUUAGUAUAAUUCAUGUUAUGACCUUUCCCUAAUUUAGAAUUCACUGGGAUGUCAUAUGGGUAACUGACAUUGGAUAUUUGUCACGUCUGUUUGGAGCCAUUAAUCAACACUUUUGAAAUAAUCAUUGCAUGCAAGCACGUUGUAGCAUUUGACUACCAAUCAGUACUUCCAGUAAGAAGCCUUUCAAUGGGGUGAAUUCACAAUUAACAGCACCCCACUUGCAAGCCACGACAAGCUUAUUUUUUAAGCUAGUGGGUCAAAAUCUUUCAAACCGGUGCGCAGAACCGCAAAACGCUAGCCACCGGUCGGAAUGACAAAAGUGGUAAAACCUGGAUAAACUCAUUCAAUGUGUUUGAUUGUCGUGAUAUCAGAACACAUUUUUUAAUUGAAUUUGGAUGUCAAAACCCAUCCCAUCAAUUGAUUCUAACUGAAAAUGUUGCCUGAUGUGGACAAAUAUCUUUACAAAUAGUCAUUUUGGGGACUUAAAAUUGACCCAAGUGACAAAAAUGUUGUUGAUUGCCUUCAACAUGACCACUUUUUGCAGCAUCAGGGCACAUUUUCACAUAGGAUAGAUCCAUCACAAUCCUUUGCUGAUAGAAAUGAUUGGAAAAAUUUCCCCGACCCAAAAUCACCAUAAUGGUCAGUUUGGGCAAAAAUUACCUAUUAUAUCUUCUCCAGAAAAUCUAGAGAGUAAUGAUGAUAACGAUGUAUACCUGUUAUGUACUGGAGGUCCUUCAUAUUUUGGAAAUCACAGAAAUAUAGAGGAAUAGAGAGGUUUAGCUUUUGAAUCCCCAGAAAGAUCCUUAUUUCAAUAUUACAUGUACAUGUACAUCCUGUGAAUACAACAUAAUGCCAAUAUUUUUAUCGACAUUUAUGAGAGUGCUUCUGAUGCCAUUAAAUAGAUUCCAAAUUGCAUCGAAUACUACAAAAGUAAAAAAUACAUAUGUCAGAUAAUUCUUGCAAGUGUGGAGAUGGUCUUAAGGUCUUAAAUUUCUGAUAAAUUCCAAUUGUAUUAGAUAUGAAAAUUUUAACCAAUAUAAUCUUCUUAAUUUAGGGUCUGAUUAAUGGUAAAAAGACUACAAAUUGAAAGUUGAUGCAUUGAAAAGAUGCUGGUUGAAGUAAAUGCCAAAUCAGCUCCAAAUAGUAGACCAUCGCACUACUAGACUGACAUCACUUUCAUUCAGAGCUGAUUUUGCUUUUUCUGCUUUGAGAGAGAUUGCAAUGUCCCCCAAAUAUUAAUUUAAGAAUCAUAUGCAACAUAGAACCUCACUCAUUAACAUUUUACAUAUUUUAAUAUCAAAAGCUAUUGCAAAUUAUUCCAAAAUCAGAUUGUAGUCACAUCGCGUAGUGUGCAGUGGGCUUUAAACUUCACCUUUCCUUUAAUUAACCUUUUGUGGUCAAUAUCCAUUUUCUCGACCACACGGACAAAAAUUAAACAAAACUUAAGAGCAAAAACAUUUGUAGCCACCAUUGUAUCAGAAUACACAAAUACAUAUAUACUAGGAUGCAAGACAGGAUUUAUGCUGAUCAUUUCUUAUGUGCCGGUGACGCUGGUCCAGCAAUCAAGAUGGAAUAUAUGCACAAUUUCUUUUUUGUUUGUUUUAGAAGUAUAUCAUUUUGCAUUGGAUACAUGUGAUAAGAAACAUUUGUGAUUGGAACAUUCUCUUUUUCAGAAAUUAACCUGUACAGACAUAAGCAGAUUUCUGAAAUGAUGUAUGUUUCUAGAUGAAUGUGAGAUCUGAUAAUGAAAUUUUGUACGAAUGAGAAUAUGAAGGACGAGAAAACGUAUAAAAAAAUUACCGGUAAUGCUAUAUGAAGAAAAUUAUCUUUUAAGUCUAUAAUGAGAUACUUUCCUCAGACGGGAUGACUUGAUGGGAAAAAACAAAGGCGGGAUAGUAAAGACUAUUUCAUAAGCACAACGUAUUUUCUAUGAAUUUUGUUGUAUUUAUUGAAUGAAUUUUUAUGGCUAAUUUAUUUUUCUUUCCUUUUUUAAAAGAUGAAAAAUGACCAGGAAUUGCAAGUGGCAUUUUGAAUGUCCAUUUUGUGCAAGCAUAUGUGUAUGUCAUUUAUCGCGUUUUGCUUGAAUUCAACAAAGUGGAAACAAAUUCUAUUAAUUUAAUUUUGUUUUUUUCUUCUAAAAACUAAUGUUAUUGGUGGUGCAUAGACAUUAUUGAUUCUAGAUUUAUUUUUAUUUUCAAACUCUUAUUUCUAGUAAAUAGAAGUAUUUUAUGUUCAAGCAUUAUAUUUUGCUAUGUCCAGUUGUCUGUCGAUGAUAUAGAAAUUUGAACAACCAUUAUGAUGCUUCUAAUUUCAUAAUUUUAUGAUUUUUAGUGAUACUAUGAUAUAUAUAGUGUUGCUAUGGAAAGUGCAUUAGUCUUGAAAUGCCACAGCUUUGUUUCCACAGUUGCAUGAAGCAUUGUCAUAUCAAUUAUUUCCUCUCUCGCUCUCCUCUCCGUAGCAUAUAUAUCACAUCUAUCAGAGUUUUCCAUGAAUGAUAAACCUUGUGUUAUUUCUGUGACACAAAGGACAUGAUUUAAAUUUAGAUGAAUAUAAUAUAACCUCUCAACAUGGUAGAAGUAGAGAGGAUCAGUUGAAGAGAGUGAGAGAGUUUAUAUCAAUUGCUAUGCUAAACCAUCCCUUGGUACGUAAGUUACAGAUAUGCUUGCUUCGUGUGUUGUAGAAAUGUAUUGUACUCUGGGCAACACUUACAUUGUAAUAUUUUGAAAAUUGUUAUUAACAUGUAUUAUGAAAUGGA